AUGGAUCCAGAAGGAAACGAGAAACAGAGCAGCCAGCUGAUCCUGGUGCCCCACAAAGACACCAUCCGCCUCCUGGAGGUUUAUGUGAAGCGGAGCCUGAGUCUAAACGAUGGCGGCCUGGAGAGUAAAAGAUCCCAGAGGAAGGCCAAGUGGGUGACCAUGCCCAAGAAGCAGAGGCGACACUCCAGCGACCCCUCCCUGCACCUUAGUGGAAGAGUAGUCGAUGAAGAAGUAUCCACUUUUACUGCGGACAGUAAAAGUGGGACAGUUCCAAAAGAGAAAGACAAGACUACUAGAAAGUCAAAAAAGCUGAAAAAAUCCCUAUGGAAGAGCUUUCUGGGAAUAUUCUCUCGGAAAGACUCAGAGGAGAGAGAUGACGAGAAUCAGAAUCUGCCAGAAGUUCAGCUAAGUAUCCGGAACGAUGAGGAGCGUGAGGCAAUUCCCACCUGCCUGCCCUCUCCAGCUGCCAGUUUGAGGAGGAGAAAGUCCAAAAGAGAAUCUAGGAAAAAGCGUUUUUCCAGGAGACGGUCACUGCGGAAAUCUAAUAAAUUCGAAGACGUCACUCCUGUUGACAUCUCAGUAGAAGCGGUUACAAGUGUGGAACCAACAUAUUCUUACUAUGAAAAAGUCUCAGAGGAACUUGAGAAAAUUGUGCAUGAGGUAAAAGUAAAUGAGGAAGCAAAGCCACUCACAGAUGCUGAGGUAAUCAACAGAAUCAUUGCUCUGACAAAAGAAGAGGGAGAUGCUAUUGACGAUAAGAUCAAAGAUAAUCCCACAUUGUGCAACUUCUUCCAGAAGAUGCCAUAUUCAUCUUUUCAGAAGUUAGCUGAUGAAUACAUAGAAAACGAGGCAGCUCCGGACAAGAACCCACCCACAAUUCCACCAACUGCUCCUGAACUGGUCAAACUCGCCUUCGCGCUGGACUUCACGGCCAGAAUCGCUGGACUCUCCAGACAGAACAUGGGCCACAUUACUGGCCUUGGAAAUAGAUAUCUGCAAGAGAUCUUUGAAUACAACCAGGCCUGUUCAGAUCAUCCAUGGUCCGACUGCGAUGACUGA